GAAAUGCAGAGUCCUUUCUAUUCUUUCUCUCCUGAUAGUUCAAGUAUUAAACAUCACUGCUCUAAAUGAGGUUAGCUAUGCAACUUCCCCCUUCUUAUAAAGGCUCUUCUAUAACCAAUCGUCAGAGUUAAAUUCCUGAAUGACAUCAUGAGCCCUGCCUAUGAAACUUUUGUUAUUUUUUCCCUCUGCCCACUUCAGUUGUUCCCACAAACUGGAUGACAGAGAACGCCUUUUAGUUCCCCAGAAAAUACCAUCAUAUAAUUCAGUAAUUACUGGCUGUUGAGCUCCACAAAGACUCUUUUAAAAAGAGAAGAUCUUAAGCACUUGCACUGUCCCUGAAAACCUCUGCUCUUAAAAAUCUGUUCCACUUUCUUAACUUUCUGCUUUCCUGGUGCCAUGGAGAAGGUCCAGUACAUUACCCGCUCUGCUCUGAGGAGAGCCUCAACUAUUGAGGUGAACCCACAAACACGCCAAAGGCUUCAAGAUCUCUUUGUAAAUUUCUGUCUUAUCUUAAUAUGCCUCUUGCUUAUCUGUAUCAUUGUGAUGCUUCUCUGAAGUCCCGCUUCUUUGAUUGAUCUUCACUGCACUAUGAAACGGGAAAAGCACACCAGAGGGGGAAAAGCACCGAACAAGACACCUCCAGCACAAGGAAAUCCUUACAAGAAAGUCCGGCAUUUGGACUAAACAGUUUCUCAACAGCUGCACUGUUCACUAAUUACCCACUGCAACUGCGCUAAAAGCACCACCACUGAACAGCAAUUUCAAACCUACUGUCUCAAUGUUAUGCAUGAGUUAAACCUAUCUGCUCUGCUUAAAAGAGAAGUCUUCUGUGGAUGUGGCAGCCUAGUAUCCUUGAUUUUAUUGAAUUGAUGUGUUAGUGAAACCAUUAUAAAAUGUCUCAAUAGCAACCUUGAACUUUCAGUUCCAGAUGUUUAAUUUAUCAGUGCCAAUCAGCUUUAAGUAUUUGGUUUUACAUUUGAAUAAUGAAUAGGUUGAAAUCAGCUAUAAAUGAGGAAUUAAAAGAUAGAUCAUUAUAAAAGACAAAAGUGUUCAUUCAAGCUAUUAUCAACCUUGCUUCGGUAGAGUUAUGAUUACAUGGUCCUGACUUUUGCAUCUGAAAAACAAUCACAUUGACUCAACCUGAUAUUCAAAUUAUACAGUUCAACAAUGGCGUUGUACAGUUCAUCAUAAACACCUUUUAAGGCAUUAGGUGUACUGACUGUUUUCUCUUGAAUUUUCAAGCAAGGUAAUCAAGACUGAUGGAAGGCAUUAGAUUGCAUCCAGAUACUCCAUGAAAAGUAGAGUAACACUUUUUUUGUGAAUAAAAUCUCAAUAAUGGUGUAUAACUGUUAUCAGUAUUUUCUCAAACACAGAAUCAGAGGUUUUGCAUUUCUGCAGUGCUGAUUACUUAAACAGAAAAAAAAACCCCACACCAAAAAGUCUUGAGAUGAGCAUUUUUAGUCAUAACUUAUUUUUUCUUCUAAAACCGGUGCUGAGAGAACUGGAUAAAAUGCAUUUGCUUUGAUAUACAAAAGUCAAACCAUCUUACUGUAGAUACUUUCUUUACGAGUUGUAUGUGUGUGUUCACAUAUAGCGGUGUAUACAUAAAGUUCCUAAUAUUUUUAGCCCAGUUAAAUGACUAUGAGCAGAACUAAAGGAUUUUAAAGACUCCUCUCCCUUACUCUUUCAUCUGUUUGACCCAAAUGUUGCUCUCCAUCAUAACCAUGGUUGAAGCUUACAUAGUCCCCAUACCAUUUUAUCCUCACAACAACCCUGUAAGGCAGAUUAGGCUGGGAAUGGCCCAAAGUGACCCACUGAGUUUCAUACUGGAGUGGGGACUAGAACCUGAUCUCCCAGGUUCCCAGCCCAACAUUAUGACCACCACACCACACUGGCUAUAAAUCUAACUGUGGUGAAAGAGGAUAUGAUACUGGGGCAAUGCAACAUUUAAUCCAGCAGCCUCCCUUAACCACAGCCAAGUGACUGGAUUAAAUGUCCCAGUUCAUUCUGGGCUAUUAUUUUUCCUUUUCAAAUUCCAAUUACAGGUAUCAUUCGAUCAGUGCAAUACUGCACUUUUAAAUGAUUUUUCUCAAGUCUGCGAGGUGCAGGUUUUACAUAUAAUUACUUGGUUGUAUGAAACCUGUAUCAUAGGGUGAACCUUCUUAUUGCUUCUAUGAAGUGUACAUACUGUCACUGUUACUUUAUAUGCAUAUGUAUAUGCUAUCACUUUAACUGAGGUGAUAAGAAGCAACAACAUUGAAUGAUUUACUACAUUAUUAGAAACGUUCCACAGAAUGAGAAUUAUUCUUCAUAUGAUAAUCAUGUUACAUGUGAACUUAUUAUCCUUUGGUGCAAAACAAUUAUUUGUUCUAAUCUAAUCCUAAAAUAAACAUUAAGCCUAAAUGAUUAGACAAAUUGUUUGGGGUGCAUUUCUCUUUUAGUUUUGAGUGUAUUAGUAUAUUUGAAACCCUUAAAUAAAUUAAAGAAAGUGAAUUUGAUAUUUUCUGUGCCACACUAAACACAUGUAUUUUUAAUUGCAAUGAUUAUUAGUUUCAUAUAAUGGAAACAAAGAUUAACUGGGAAUAGGCAGUUCAGUUAUUUGAGUAAAAUGACAGUAAUGCAAUUUGAAAUACUUGAGUACUUUUAAUAAAAGAACAAAUGUGCCAA